UGGCCAUCCUCUGUGUGCUUGCCGCUUUAUCACACCCCUGGAGGUGAGGAGGAGCUGAGAGUGGAGCUGCUGCUGAGUGCAUGGAAUCCUAUCGGACAUUGGCAGCUCCCUCCCUCUCCUGGCUGAUUCAGUCCCUGAUUUCUGCACGACGGAUUCCUAACACUGACUCACUGAGCCGGAGCUGAUGUGGGCAGGAGAUUCGGGACCAGUUGCUGAGUCUCCCUGUGGCUCCCUGUGCUCCACCUGAGGGACGCGGGGACACGGGCACGCCACAUAGGUGGAUGGACAUGCUGCUACCUCUGCCGGUCUCCGACACUCUUCGGCUUAUGUACAGCGGGCUGCAGGUACUUUAUGUCAAGAUGCCAGGAAAUGUACCUGCUACUUCAGUGCUGAUUAUCAUCUUUGGAUUAGUGUGGAACAGCUUGGAACAAUGUGAGGAUGCAGCGAAGAUGUCAGAGAUGAACGUUGAUAUAAAAUACAACUUCCUGUCCUUCUCCAGUGAUACACCGAUACAAAACGUCCUCCAGCACAAUGGUUACGUUUAUGUGGGAGCCGUGAAUAAAAUCUAUGUAUUGAAUGAAAACCUCACUAAAGUAUUUGAGUACAAAACAGGACCUGUGCUGGAGCAGUCACACUGUGGUGGACCUUGUGAAGGUUGUCUGGGGAAAGAACAUUCAUCCAAUGGCACCUGGAUAAACAAUGUCAAUGUAGCACUACUUUUCCAAGACCUCUAUGGUGAACAACUUAUCAUUUGUGGAAGUAUACACCAAGGUAGAUGUCAACGACACAUGCUAGACACAAAUAGACCCUGGGACAUAGCAACAGAUGUCCACUGCCUGUACUCUUCCCGGGUCAGUAACAUCACAGGCAGUUGUCCUGACUGUGUGGUCAGUGACUUAGGAAGCAAGGUCCUGGUAACAGAAAAGGACAACUUUGUCAGGUUUUAUGUAGGAAAUACUGUAACAACAUCACAAUCCACACUUCAUUCCAUAUCAGUCCGUAGAGAGAAAGAAACACAAGAUGGCUUUGAAUUUCUCACAGAUCAUUCCUACAUGGAUGUACCCCCACUCAUGCGAGACUCAUAUCCUAUCCGAUACGUUCACUCAUUUGAAAGUGGUGGCUUUAUCUACUUUUUAACAGUACAGAGAGAGUCACUGGACUCCAAAGCCUUUCACACUAGAAUUGUUAGAUUUUGUUCUUCAGACUCUGACUUGUGCUCCUAUAUAGAGAUUCCCAUUGAAUGUAUUUAUACAGAGAGACGGAGAAAGAGAUCAACUAUGGAUGAGAAAUUCAAUAUUUUGCAAGCUGCAUAUGUAAGUAAGGCUGGGGAAACCUUUGCCAAUGAGAUGCUCUUCGAAAAACAAGAAGACAUCCUGUAUGCUGUGUUUGCCCAAAGUAAACCAGACUCUGCUGAUGUGACAAACAACUCUGCUGUGUGUGCAGUGUCUAUAAAGACCAUCAAUGAAUUUUUCAGAACUAAGGUUGGAAAUAACACCAAGUGUCUGGAACACUUCUAUGGAAGAGCUAACCAAAAUGCUUGUGUUCACAAGACAUAUUUGAAGAAUGCCUCCUGCUGUUCACACUCAGUUGAGGAACAUCAAGUUGAAGCUACAAUUUCACUAACGCGCCUUGACUUGUUUAUGGGCCAGUUUCGUAAUGUCUUGCUGACCUCAGUCAGUGUCUUCAUUCAAGGGAGUCUCACCAUAGCCAAUCUAGGCACAUCUGGGGGCCGCUUCCUGCAGAUUGAAAUUUCUCGUACUGGUCAUACUCAACCUCAUGUCAAUAUUCAGCUGGAUGCGCAUCCUGUUUCUUCUUCACAAGUAAUGAAGGAUACAUCAAAGGAGAAUGGUUAUGUCCUAGUUAGUACAGGAAUGCAGAUCAUCAAGAUCCCAUUAGUAGGCCUCGGCUGUGAACAUUACAGGUCAUGCAGUCAUUGCAUUGCAACUCCUUCAUAUAUGAAGUGUGGCUGGUGCAAGAAUCAUUGUUCCAGAAAAAAUGAUUGUUCAAAUGAAGAAUGGACUCAGAAAACCUGUACUCCAGUUGUGUCUGAGAUAUUUCCCACUUCUGCUCCUUUCGAUGGUGGCACUGUGUUAACAAUAUGUGGAUGGGAUUUUGUUCUAAACAAAGAUAAUGUUGGCUUUAGAGAUACUUCAGUUAUUAUUGGAAAAAAUAAUUGCAAAAUUGAUGGUAAAAACAGCAACCAAAACAAACUGAUCUGUAGAAUUGGGAAAGAAGUUAGCACAAAAUUUAACAUAAGUAGCAGUGUGUCAAAUGGAAAACAGACCAUCACCUUCAGCAAUUUCUCAUAUAUCAACCCUGUGAUAACAAGCAUAACACCAAGUUAUGGACCACUGUCAGGAAAAACUUUGCUUACCCUAAAAGGAGAUUACUUGAACAGUGGAAAAGAUAGAAAAGUUUAUAUUGGAGAUCAACUUUGCAACAUCAAAAGUGUGUCCAGUACUGCCAUUCAGUGCUAUACACCAGCUAACAGAAUUGAUGCGUAUCAUGUGACACUGAAAAUUGACAAUGCCCGUCGUGAAGCAAGCACUAAGUUUACAUAUAAAGAUGAUCCUGUCAUUUUUAAAAUAUACCCAACAAAGUCUUUCCUAAGUGGUGGAAGCACAAUUACAGUUCACGGAAAAUAUUUAAAUGCAGUUGCAUCACCGCGAAUGGUAAUCCAACUGUCCGAACCGGAAAUACUGUACAAUAUGUCCUGUGUCCAUAGAUCUGCCUCAGAGCUAAUCUGCUGCUCAACUCCAUCACUGAAAGAUUUAAAUCUGACUCCACCAAUUGUUACUCAUGCUUUUUUCAUUUUUGAUGGUGUGACAUCUAGUACCUUUGGUUUCACUUUUGUAAAUAACCCUGUAUUUAAAACAUCAGAAAAACUAUUAGUAAUUUCAAAGGGAAACAAAAACAUCCUGGAAAUUAAGGGAGAAAAUAUUGAUUCAGAAGCUGUUAAAGGCGAUUUACUAAAAGUUGGUAACAAGAGCUGUGAAAUUAUUCAAUCCAAAUCAGAUUUUGUCUCCUGUGCUAUUUCAAAUGACCUGAUCAAAUCCAACAGCGAGUUAAAAAUAGAAUUCCUGCAAGAUGUCUCGCCACUUAUCAUUGGCAAAGUGAUGGUUCAGCAAAAUCAGAAUUAUACUGGAAUAUUCACUGGAGUUUUGUCUUGUGUGAUAUUGCUUUCCGUCAUACUGGGAAUAGUUAUAUAUUUGAAAAAAAGGAAACAACUGAAAGAUAAAAGUGGUGAGCGGGUGCUGUUUGAUGGCAGGGUGCACACUCCUCACUUGGAUAGGCUUGUAAGUGCAAGGAGUGUUAGUCCUACUACGGAAAUGCUGUCAAGUGAAUCUGUAGACUACCGGGCCACAUUUCCAGAAGAUCAGUUUCCAAAUUCAUCACAUGGUGGAUCCUGCCGACCAGCUCAGUACCCUGUUAGAGACCUCUCUCCUAUUCUGUCAAGUGGAGAUUCAGAUAUUUCCAGCCCACUGUUACAGACCUAUGUACAUAUCGAUCUCAGUGCCUUAAGUGCAGACCUGGUGAAAGAGGUAGAACACAUGGUUAUUGGGGUGGAUUGCCUGCAAGUGCAUUUUAACAGAGUCAUAGGAAGAGGUCAUUUUGGAUGUGUAUAUCAUGGUACACUUUUAGAUAAUGAUGGGAAGAAAUUACACUGCGCAGUAAAAUCUCUAAAUAGAAUCACUGAUAUUGAAGAAGUUUCACAAUUCCUCAAAGAAGGCAUCAUCAUGAAAGAUUUCAGCCAUCCAAAUGUUCUCUCCUUGUUAGGAAUCUGCCUGCCCACAGAGGGCUCUCCAUUGGUAGUGCUGCCAUUCAUGAAACAUGGAGACCUCAGGAACUUUAUUAGAAAUGAAUCUCAUAACCCGACAGUGAAAGACCUCAUAGGAUUUGGUCUGCAGGUCGCUAAGGGUAUGGAAUAUCUUGCUAGCAAAAAGUUUGUCCACCGAGACCUGGCAGCAAGAAAUUGUAUGCUGGAGGAGACAUUCACUGUCAAGGUGGCAGACUUUGGCUUAGCAAGAGACGUUUAUGAUAAGGAGUACUACAGUGUUCAUAAUAAGACUGGAGCAAAACUACCAGUGAAAUGGAUGGCGUUGGAGAGCUUACAGACACAGAAGUUCACAAUGAAAUCUGAUGUGUGGUCGUUUGGCAUACUGUUAUGGGAACUAAUGACACGAGGAGCUCCACCAUAUCCGGAUGUUAAUUCUUUUGAUAUAACUAUUUAUUUGUUACAAGGACGAAGACUUUUACAACCUGAAUAUUGUCCUGAUCCAUUGUUUGAAGUUAUGUUGAAAUGCUGGCACCCAAAGCCAGAGCUACGUCCAACAUUUUCUGAACUGGUAUCAAGAAUUUCUUCUAUCUUCUCAACUUUCAUUGGGGAGCAUUAUGUUCUUAUUAACACAACAUAUGUCAACAUAAAAUGUUCCGCUCCCUAUCCAUCUCUUCUAUCAGCAGAGGAAAACAUGGAUUUCAGCCUGGAUACGUGAUUUUUCCUCCGAAGAGACUUGUGACUGGAUCGCUUACUAUUGAUUUUCAUGCAGAGACUACGUUUGUUGUCCACGUACUUCCUCAAAGUUUUAAGUUUAACGCUCUUUGCGUUGCUUUCAGUUUUGUUACAUUGCACUUGAAGCAGAACAUUGUGGAUCAAUAUGACUACAGAUUGCUGAACAGAAGAUGGUACAAGAUAAGUGAUAUAUUUUCCUUGGAUGUUCGCAAAAGGUUGCUUGUUUCUUGUGUUUAACCUAGUCAUUUCUGCCAUGUGUUCAGCACAGAAGACAUUUGCCCACUCAUUAACGAAGGAGGACAACGCACAGAUGUUCUUGGACCUCUUACUAAGUCACUGUGAACUCUCUGUUGUACUUUAUUAUUAUGUCCUCUGAAUAGCACUUUUAUCUAGGCAACUAUUGCCAGUUCAUUGAGUGAUGCAUAUAUAUCGAAGAAGACAAAUGGACAAUAAGUUAGAAAUAUAUAUGUAUUAAAUUAAGAAGAGCCAAAAAUCAUAUUGCAGCUCUGUUGUUUCAUAGAACUAUCCUAAAAAAAUACUGCCAUUAAAAAAACAACACAUUUUAUUGCAGAGAACUGAUCAUAAUGGAAGCUUGCUGUUUGAAAUAUUGACGCCCAAGUCACAUACUGUAGAUUGUACAGUAAUUGUAAAAACGAAUUCGGAAACAGCGUGUAUAAUUACUGACUAGUAUAACAGUACAUUCACAUACCUGUGGUCAGGGUAUUUCACGCGCACUGGGGAUCCGAGUCUUAAUGUUACACUUUCUAGCUGGUUAUUGAUGUCUUUCUAGGUUGACGGAGAUGGAUGUGAAUGGACAACAUCAAUGGGACAAGACUAAAAAUCUAACAGUGGACACUAGUAUCAGUGAACAAGUAGUAAUUAGACAUUUGUUGACCCUCCAAACAUGAUUUUGUACGUUUAUUUAAUUUAAGCGUAAAUCUGUUAAGUACAUCUUUUCUGUAUUGAUAACUGUAGAACAACUUUUCUUAAGUUAUGUUUUUGAAAGUAACAUUCACUAACUAGAGAUAUCAAAGGCCAAGCGAUGCACACUUUUCAUACAAUAGACCACAGGUUCUCAAACUCGGUCCUCAGGACCCCACACGGUGCAUGUUUUGCAGGUCUCCUCACAGAAUCGCAAGUGAAAUAAUUAGCUCCACCUGUGGACCUUUUAAAAUGUGUCAGUGAGUAAUUAAUACACCUGUGCACCUGCUGGGUUACCUGCAAAACAUGCACUGUGUGGGGUCCUGAGGACCGAGUUUAAGAACCUAUGCAAUAGACUGAAGGACCUUCCAAUAAAUAAAUUAGAUAGGUCAACCUUGUGAUGGUACAAUAGAGGCAGGACCAAAACUGUAACAACAUUUAUUACAAAAUAAAUCAGGUUGGGAGCAGCACACUGGAAAAAAAUCAGGACAGCUCAGCUUUCUGGUUACUCAAGAAGAUUUCUCUGAAGCCUUCACACCAGAACACAAUCGUGUUUGUAUUGUAUUGGACUUUUUCUGUUUAUGCAGGUAAUAUAUCAUACACAAGUCAACGAUUCUAGCAUUUUACUGAUGUGUACACUGGAGCAGCACAUGUUUGUUAAUUGAGUUAAACAGUAACUGGAAAUAAAAUGCUUGUUCCUGUGGAAUUUUUGGCUUUAUGCUGUACAAUUUAUUUGGUGUAGGAUGUAACUGGAUUUGUUGAUGUAACGUAUGACAUUUAAAGUUUUAUAUUUUUAUAAUAAAUGUUUAUUUUUAA